AUGCUCUACAUAAUCGGCUUAGGCCUCGCAGACGAGCGUGAUGUCUCAGUCAAAGGUCUGGAGAUCAUUCGCAAAGCCGAAAGAGUGUACCUAGAAGCCUACACAGCCGUCCUUCUCGUAGACCAGGCGCAAUUGGAAUCCUACUACGGCCGCUCAGUCAUCCUCGCCGACCGCGAAAAAGUAGAGUCCCAAUCCGAUGAGAUCCUAUCCGGAGCCCAUGAAGAGGACAUCGCCUUCCUGGUAGUCGGCGACCCCUUCAGCGCCACCACACACACGGACCUGGCUUUACGAUGUCGGCAACAUGACCCUCCCAUUCAAACACGAACACUUCCCAAUGCAUCUAUUCUCACAGCCGUAGGGGCCACGGGUCUCAGUCUGUACAGCUUCGGACAGACAGUGAGUAUGGUCUUCUUUACCGAGAACUGGAAACCUAGCUCUUUCUAUGACCGCGUUGCGGAGAACGUGAGUCUCGGCCUACAUACGCUGGUACUUCUGGAUAUCAAAGUCAAAGAACCUGAUCUCGUAGCCAUGGCACGAGGCAAGAUCGUCUACGAGCCUCCGCGAUUCAUGACGGUGGCGCAAUGUGCUUCUCAAAUGCUAGAAGUGGAGGAGGAACGACAGCAGGGGAUCUGCGGGAAGGAGAGUCUCGCUGUAGGAGUGGCUAGGUUGGGCAGUGAGGAUCAAGUUAUUGUGGCGGGGACGUUGGAGGAGUUGGCCGUGGCAGAUUUAGGGAAGCCGUUGCAUAGUUUGGUACUGUGUGGGAAGAAGAUGCAUGAGAUGGAGUGGGAGUAUGUAAGGGGCUUUGCGGUGGACGAGGGAAAGUUUGAUCGAUUGUGGAAGGCAAAUUAUGCUGGCAAGGCAUGA